UCAUUUCAUUUCCUUAGCAUUGCAAACUUGCCCUUUCUUUAUUUUCUUGCUUGGCAGAUGUCUCCAAUUGAUGUAAAAUCCCCAAAACACUGUGAAGAAAAAGGCUUCAAAGUAGAAAAACUAUUCCCAAAAAAGAAGUUAUUCUUUUGCUUCUCUACAAUUUCCCUCUCUAUUCUAUCAUUCAUCUUUCUUCUUUACCUCACACUUCAUCCUACAAAACCAAAUUUCACACUAAGAGAAGCUGAUAUUUAUCAACUCAAUCUCUCAGGUCCACGCCAACUGCUUAACUCGUCUAUUCAACUCACCCUCGUAUCGAAGAAUCCGAAUAAGAAAGUUGGAAUUUACUACGAUGAAUUGCAAGUGUUUGCUUCUUAUAAAGGACAACAAAUUACUCUUCAUACUUCUCUUCCUCCAUUUUAUCAAGGGCAUGAAGAUAGUAAUUUUUUAUCGGCUUUGUUGAUUGGGAAUGGAUUGCCGGUGGAUCCUUAUUUUGGUUAUGAGGUGCAACGUGACCAAAGUGUUGGAAAAUUGAUUAUGAAUUUGAAAGGAAGUGGUAGGUUAAGAUGGAAAGUUGGAACUUGGGUUUCUGGGAAGUAUAGGUUUAAUGUUGAUUGUGUUGCUAUUAUGCCUUUUGGAUCUUCCUUGCCAUCUGGUCCGCUUAGUUUUAGACAAGGAGCUCAAUGUUCUACUACUCUUUGAAUUAAAUAUUACUAGAAAUAAUUAAUUAAAGCCCUUCCUCACAUAG